AUUACUUCCUUCAGAAGAAUGUUCUCGAAAGAUUACUUCUCUUUUCAAGGAAAGGGUUGAUCCUCAUGGUUACUCAUGGGCUAACUUAAGUGAAGAUAUAAUAAAGUUUUAUUGGGAUGAGUUUAAGAAGCAUUGCUAUUGGAAUCCUAUAAUGGAAUCUUCAAUAAAGGCAGCGUGGACUACAAAAGCUAAACAAAGAUAUUCCAAUUAUCUCAGUAAUAUGAAAACAGGAAGAUGUCAGAGGAAUUCAUCAAUCACUCAAGAAGUUUGGGAUAGUUGGAUGACUAUGUGGAGUAGUGAAGAAUUUCAGAAGAAAUCUAAUCAAAGCAAAAAAAAUAGGCGUCAAGGUGAAUUAGAGAAGACUGCCCUAUCUACUCAUACUAGUGGGGCCAUAUCUCAUGCCAAAGUUGCCAGUCAAAUUGAAAAGGACUCCGAAACUACGGUGACAAGUUAUCAGGUUUUUUUGUAUACACAUACAAAGAAUCACGAUGGAGAGACUUUCGUAAAUGAUCAGGCUAAAGAAGUGAAUGAUGAAUUUGUUUUACGUCGUGAGGAGCUAAUUGAUAUUGGUGAGGAAGUAGAUGAUGAUGAGCUAUUCUAUGAUGUUGUUGGUGGACCUGACUCAAAGAAUAGAUUGUAUGGAACUGGCUCAUAUGGUACACAAAAUAUUCAUCGUAAAGCUUCAGAGUACUCUUCUGAAAUGGACACUUCAUCACCACAAUGCAGUAGUGCUGAAAUUAAUCAUUUGAAAGCUGAGGUGGAACGUUUGCAAAAGAACGUGGCACAACAAAAGGAAUUUCAACAACAAGCAGAACAAAAG